UCCCAAACAAGUUGACAAUCACAAUGUGAAUGUGGCCCAUACAGUAUCUUGCGUGUUAAAUGUUGUUAUGCUUGAUUAAAGAAUAAUGGCAUAUUUUCAGCCAACAGGACAAAAGAGACUAACAAAUGUAGCAGUGGUUAGACUUAAGAAAGGAGGCAAACGAUUUGAAAUAGCAUGUUAUCCAAAUAAGGUUGUUUCCUGGAGAAACAAAGUAGAAACUGACAUUGAUGAGGUCCUUCAGACACACACAGUUUUUGUCAACGUUUCCAAAGGGGAGGUAGCAAAGAAUGAUGACCUGAAGAAAGUAUUUGGUACAGAUAAUCAGUCAGAGAUUUGUUUACAGAUUUUGAAAAAGGGUGAACUGCAGGUGUCUGAAAAAGAACGCCAUGCUCAGCUUGAAUCUAUGUUCAGAGACAUUGCAACAACAGUAUCUGACAAAUGUGUAAACCCGAAAACUAAUCGUCCCUAUACUGUGACUCUGAUUGAAAAAGCCAUGAAAGACCUUCAUUUUUCAGUAAAACCAAAUAAAAGCACCAAACAACAGGCCCUAGAAGUUAUAAAACAGUUAAAGGAGACACAGACCAUUGAUAUUCAGAGAGCCAUGAUGAGGCUUAGGAUAACAGUACCAGGAAAAGAAGGCAAAAAGGUUAAAGAAAAAUUAAAGAAACUUGCUACCAGAGUGGAAGAAGAGGAUUUUUCUCCUGACCUUGAAAUGGUAAUUUUAGUUGACCCUGGUUGUUUUCGAGAAAUUGAUGAUCUUGUCCGGACCGACACUAAAGGUAAAGGUCAGUUAGAGGUCAUGAGCCUGAAGGACAUUGAAGAAGGGGAUGAGAUGUUAUGACAGUGGAAAGUAACUUACAAGACUACUGACCUCCAAUUCUGUCACAGAUUCUCAGGACUUUAGUCAAUUAAAACGGAUACACUGUAUUGUAAAAGUUAACAUUUUUACAAUGUUGUUUUAUGCUUAAAAGAAAAAGCAAUUAUAAUAUUGCAUCAUUUAUUGCAGUAAAACUGAGUUUAAAUACACACUUUCAAUGCUACAAAUGUGUACCUUUGAUAAGGCCAUAAUUUUAUCAUACAAGUAUUGAGCUUUAAAAUAAAAUGAAUAUACAGGUACUGUA